CCCCUGCGGGCGGGCCGGGGCGGGGCCAAGCGGAGCCUCCGCCUGGGUCCGGGCCGUGCGUGCGCCCUCUGCCGGAGAGGGGGGAGAAGGUAGAGGGUGGUGUCCGACACGGAGUCUGCGCACUAGGCAGAAGCCGAGCUCUCCAUGUUACCUGUGGGCUCUGACGUUUGUGCUUCUGGAACGGGUACUUGGACUGUUUAAAGACAGACUGGGAACGGUGGAAAGAAUCCUUAAGUCAACCCUUCUCCCACAGUUGAGAAAGGAGGAAACUGGGGUUAAAGUUAUUUGCUUCUUCACCUUGUGAGAGAGAGGUGGAGGAAAAGGGAAGUUAUUUCUCCACCCCUUGGUAUUUUGGUAUUUUAAACUGUUCAUCAACACCGGACCAAUGGGAAAGCUGCAGAUUGUUCGAUUCGAGUCUGAGCAGACCCCAGAAAGGCUUGAGACUCAGACCGUGAUCUCUCUUCUUCCAGGCUCUUGACCUCUUGGAAAAAAAGCACUUCCUUUUUUUUUUAAUUUUUUUUAUGCUCCUGAACACUUGGUUCCUUUUCUAGGAACUGAGUAUUUCUCAGCUCACCGCAUUGCGCCGCAGGUCAGAACAGCCUUGAAACCGCUGCGGCGCCGACUAGAGGAGUUCUCGCUCUACCCUUCGGACCGAAACGCGCUUCCCAGUCACUUCCACUUCUCUAAUCUAAAAGUUCCGUUGGAAUAACUUCGAAAAAAAAGGAACUUCCCUUCCAAAGACGGAAGUGCCCUGCCCUAAUGGUUAAUUCUGAGCCUCAGCUUUGGUUUACUGACCCUGGUGUGACAGUAAGUACUCAGUUCCGCCUUAGAUUCUGCCCCCCCACCCCGCCCCCUUCCUGGCUCUUUCACAAAGCCCUUGACUGAUUAGGUAAUUAAAGCUUAUCAGGUACUCCUUUGAGAGGGAAAAAAUAUCUCUGGACUCAAGGACCCUUCAGCCAGAUAUCCUGAUUUUGCAAUUCAAUUCCCUUUAUCUAAGAUAGAUUUUGGAGUCAACAUCAUUUCCUAUCAGUAGAAUUUCCUUUUAUCAGUUACUACCUAGAAGGAGUUAGAAGGACCUACCAAAGGAAAAUCUAGGCAAAGCUCUUACAAUUGUCAAAACUUUCCAGGCCUAAUGCCAUCACCCUCCUUUUCUCUCCCCUGGACUAUUGAAACCUUUUCCUCACUGGUUUCCCUGCCCACCCCCAAUCCAUCAUGCCACCAGAUUAUUCUUCCUAAAGUGACAGCAUCACAAAAAUUUUUAAACACUCCCCAUUGCCUCCGGGAUAAAGUUAACAGUCAUGAUGAUUUUUAUACUGUUCCUAUUAUACCAUGUAUCCUAUGCUGGGUAACUCACCAAGUCACAUAAUACCACAAUUCACUCUUUUCAUUACCGUGACUCAGCGCAUUCCCUGUACCCGAAGCAUGCUACUAAAAUCCAAUCCAUUCUUCAAAACUCAGUUCAAAUACUGUCCUCCUUCCCAGACACCCCAGCUAGAAGUAAUCCUUCCCACCUCUAAAUUUCCAUAACCAUUCUCUUCUUUCUCACACCUACAAAACCAGUUGCCAUUGAGUUGAUUCUGACUCAUGGCAACCCCAUGUGUUACAGAGCAGAACUGAGCUCCAUUAAGGUUUAUUUGGUUGUGAUAUUUAUGGAAGCAGAUCACCAGGCCUUUUUUCCAUGGCACUGCUGGGUGGGUUUGAACUGCCAACCUUUCAGUUAAGAGCAGAGCACAAACUAUCUGCACCACUUAGGGACCUUUCACACCUACCACACACUCACUUACGCUAUACUCUCUCAUCGUCUUUGGGUCUUCCACAGUACCUAGCGCAGUGAGGUACAUAAAGUAUUUUUUUCCAUCGUAGUCAAAUUCUAAAUUUAAAGGAGUACAGGUAAGAAAUUAACGCUUGUGAGCCUGUCUAGGUAUAUACAUCUCUGGCAUGGUUUCUAUUUCCAAUUUGUAUGAUCUUCAGUAGGGUCUCCAUAGCAUGGAGUGUAUAAUUUUGCACUUUGUUUCUACUGCAGUGGGUCAUAUUUCUUUCAACAUAUAAAUGACCUGUCUCUCACAUUUAGAUAAAAAAAAGGGAGUGUGAUCCUUCUGUCCUCUGUCUCUCUUCAACACUCCCAGACUGGAUCCUAGUCAAAGGAAGAUAGAGUUCUGCUGAAAUGAUGUUUCCUGUUAUCAUUUCUAAACUGAGGCUAAUGAAAAAAGAAAGGUUGACUUAUUUUUUGUAAAAAUUUUUACUCAGUUUGUUUGAAAACAUGUCCUAGAGAUGGGAUUGCAUCGUUGAUCACAAUGUCAUUUCCAUUCCCGGGUUAUGCUAGACCUGACUUGGCUUAUAUCACAUCAUGUGUCAUGUGGCACUUUUCUUAUUCCACUUUACCUUCACCCCAAACCACAUCCUCACUCUGCACCUGAAAGUCAGUUGACUGAACAUGUUUGUAAAGUAAAUGCUGUUCAGAGGCAUGGUACAGCAUUUGUGUUCUGUAAUCUCUAUCCUCAAUACGUCAUUCCAUGCAUCAGCAUAAUGGCAACACUGUCCCAUGUAGAAGCUCAGCAAAUAGGCUUCUAAACGAAAAGUACAGGGACAGGAACCCCCACUGCAUUCCUGGACACUGAGAGGGGGUUCUGGGGAGAAUAAGUGAGAAGCAUGCUUCAGGAUUAAAAUAAGUGUUCUCCAUUCUUGGGAGAUGUGUCCAAAGUUACCUGACCCCAAGUUACACAAGCUAUAAACACCUGGAGGGACAAGCCUGGCUUUUCUCUUUGCUCUGUAAAAUGUCUGAAGGUUCCAGAGAAGUAACCCUGCAGCCAUCAAGAUGACAAACAAACACGAAUCAGCCUCUGCCUGAAUCUGCCUACUCCAAGAGGAAGAACUUUUUCUUUUCAGAUCUCAUUGCUGUUUCUACAGAUCUGCUCCUGGUAAAUAGGCAACUGACCAAAAACAUUGAAGGGGACAGGGAUGGAGGAAGGUAUCUAAAGAGAGAGUCUGCAGGUCCCUUAAUCCACCAGGGGAAAAGCCUUGAAAUUUUUGGUGUUUUCAUUCUAGCCAAUAUGGUCCCCCCAGAGACCCAGGUGGCCAAUAAGUGACAAGGCUCCAGGGUAGCAUAGGGCUGGAAGGAGGGUGGGAGCUGCCUGGCAAGAACAAGCCACCCUUCAUACUCCCUUUGCCAAAUGUAUUUCUCCAACCACUCAAGACUCUAGCAAGAUGCUAGGAAGUAUUCCCAAGAGGGAGGCACCCCCAACAUUGCCCAAAAAAUCAUAGAAAAUGAAAAAUUUAGGAGACUGGGGCAAGGUCAAGCAAGUCCACUAGAGGGAGCCCUAACCAACUCUAUGCCACAGGAAGGCUUGCAAAGUAGCUGCUUGACCAAACCAAACCCAGUGCCUUCCACACCUGUCUGAAAAUAAACCACAUAAGGAAUCGAGGAAGUGAGACGAUAGAUCAAGUCACGAAGAGAGAAGAUAGCCAUGUAAACUGCCCGGUUAAAACCCAGGGCUUCCAAGAUUUACAGAAUUAAAGAUUUAAAGCCCAGGAACCUGAGGCUGAGCAAAGCCGAAUGACUUGCUCAAGUUUACAUAUCCGGAGGGUAGGCUAGAACUUCUGAACUCUUGUCUUUCUAACCAGUGCCCUUUCCUCUACAUCUGCAUCCCUCUAGGUCAGCACCCUGGUGGCCAUGGGCCUGUCUCUCCUCUGUGCCUUAUUUCUCUGAAAUGGAAACUCUCUUCCACCCGCUUCUGCAUUUCCUUCAUAUACCAUAGAAUGCCUUACUGAAGGGGAUUUUGAGUUUUAAGCCAAAUAAUGUCACUUUGCAGAUGGGACCUGGGGAUGUAAAUUGCCCAGAAUGGCUAUCAUCAGUCCUUUUCCUCUGCGUCAGCACAACAGUAUUAUUUUGGAUGUAUAAAUCUGUAAGUCUUGAAACUGCAGACAGUGCCUUCAGGGAAGUGAAUCAUAGCUAGUCAGUUCCAAAGCCCUGUCUCCUCAAACUACACCUUAGAUUUGGAGAGGAGGAGAGGACUGGCUCUCUGGGGCCUUGGUAUUUUAAGCGUUGUGGGCUGAUAUAUCCCAUCCUACCUUCCUUUGAGCUCCAUGUUUCCCAGUUGCUCAGACAACCUGCAGUCCAAAAGCCCAGCCUUCCAGUUCUCAGUCCCACCCACCUAACCCCUACCCCCCCUACCCCACCCAGCAAUUUGCCACCCUGGAUUGGCUCCCAGAACCCAACCCUCCAUAGUCUCCUAGCUGAUUGGGCCUUCUCUCUGCCCCUCUCCAUAAAUAGGGUUACUCUACAAGGAAACACAACAGAGGCUAGAGAGGAUCUUACAGGUAGGAAGAGGCAGGGUAAGGGUGAUGGGAAGAGGAAGGGAACCAAGUACUGAGAUUUAUUUUCUCCGAAAGAGGGUUGAGAGGAAUGACUUCUGUACAUAGAGCCUGGCUGGUAGAGACAGCUCUGUCCUCCCCACUGACCCCAGCCUUGUCUGAGGUUCCAAGGAGACCAAAAACUGAAGCUUCUGGAACAUGUAAGAGACAGACUUGGAGACUAGAAUUCUGACUCUACUAGGACUCCUGGUUUAGUCUAGGGGUCAGGAAAGCAUCCCCAUGUCCAGACCUGAACACCAGUCCCCUCCCUCCCUCAGUACGGCAAGGAGAUGCCACCUAAGACCAAAGAAAAAGGGGCACAGAAGAAGAAAAAGAAUUCGAGUGCCGAUGUGGAGCCUGAGUCCAGGCAUAGGCUGGCCAUGCUGGAGAAGGAGUUGCUCCGAGACCACUUGGCUCUGCGGAGGGAUGAGGCCCGCCAAGCCAAGGCCUCCGAAGACCAGCUGAAAAAGAGGCUGCAAGGGUUGGAGGCUGAACUGGAGGGGGCCCGCAGUGAAGGGAAGGCCAUAUAUGCAGAGAUGAGUCGACAGCAUCGGGCCCUGCAGGAAGAGAUGGAUACCCGCAGCAGGCAGCUGGAGGAAGAAGUGAGGGGCCUUCGGGAACAGCUAGAGACAAGCAAGAGAGAGGCUGAGGCUGCCAGGAGAGCAGCUGAGCAGGCCCUCAGGGAACGGGACCAGAUGCUGGCUCAGCUUCAGGCCCAUGUAGCGGACAUGGAGGCCAAAUAUGAGGAAAUCUUACAUGGCAGCUUGAACCAGCUCUUGGCCAAGCUAAGAGCCAUCAAGCCUCAGUGGGAUGAGGCUGCACUGAGACUCCAUGCCAGGCACAAGGAGCAGCUGCGCCAGUUUGGACUCAACCCCCUGGAUCUUUGAGUCUGCAGGCCUGUGGUCCCCCGGCUCUCUGAAGCCCCAGUAAUAAAGCUGUCUCGAUGUAGAACUCAACAGAGCUGUGUACUGUGGACAGCUGGCAGACAGGAGUGCCUCUCAUGGGGACACCUUUGUUCUGGGCUGACCCGUUACCUCGAAGACUGAAUGUUAUGAGGGAAAUUUGGCAAGAUUUUAACCCCUCUUCCACAAAAACUACCCCUUGAACCUGGGGCCCUCUUGGUCCCUUCAAACCACUACCUUCCUGUUCCCACCAACAGAAACACAGACAGCCAGAUGUGUGGGGAAAGGCCAUGUCUAUAACAUCAGAUGCUACAAUGACCAGGCAACCACUGCUACAGUGGUUGUGGCCCCAGAAUCCUAAGGUGCCCACAGAGGGAAGGUGCGUCUGGUCUCCAAACUCUUGUAAUACAUGCCUAGGGCAAGUUCCAGAUGAUUCCAAUCCUGGAUAGCCUCACCACCCACUGUUCUCAGGCAGAACCUCAUCACUGGGGCACAGCUCCCCAGACCUCCCACAUAACCUCCUCUGGAGCCAGAGGGGCGGGUCAGCUGGGAAUAGGCUCCCCCAUGGGCCUUCAUGAGGCCUCUGACCAUACCCUUUGCUUGUUGGUGGGCCCAGGGGAAUGGAGGGAGACCCUGGGCAAUCCUGUGAUUGGAAGUGUCCAGAGUCCUUGAGCUCCAGCUUCUGGCUUAAAGAGAGCAUCCCUGCUCCCACCACCUCAGGUUGGAAAGUGAAGACAAGAAAGCCACUGGGUAGCUCUUUGCCAAACAGGGGAGCACUACAGCACAUCUGAGGCCUGAGGCCAGUCCUAAGUAGAGAGAGGAGGAAGCAGGUGAUUCAGGGGCCAGAAGAGUUCCUUUUCCCUCCCCAGAUGUGACUGAAAUGCCCAGGAAUGGGACUUGUUCCAUGGGUCCUUCUGUCCUCCACCGAACCAAAAACCAGUUGCCACUGAGUUGACUGACUCAUGGGGACCCCAAGUAUGCCAGAGUACAACUGCGCUACUCUUUUGGAAGUAGGUCACCAGGCCUUUCUUCCAGGAGCCUCUGGGUGGACUCAAACCUCCAACUUUUUGGGUAGCAGCUGAGUACGUUAACAGUUUGCACCACUCAGGGACUUUGUCCCCCACUUACCAUCACCAUAAAUCCUAACCUGUACACCCCGUAUUGCUCUACCCUGCAGCCCUCCCUCUCUGCCUUCCUUUCUGGCUCCCCUCUGCCCUUCUCUGGCUGCUCACAGGCCUAUCGUCUAUCUCUUCCUCCUCACCUCUCCAGACUUUGAGGGAAUCCAGGCUUCUAAGCCCUGCUGAGACCUGGCUGCCAGCUUCAAGAAGAGGGGUGGUUCAGCCUCAGACAACUGCUGAAGUCUUUCUGGGUCAUUCUCUCUACCCACAGGACACCCAUUCACCUCCAGGAUCAUGUCCCCUAUUUGCAGCCCAGCCCGGGCAGCUGAGCCUCCUGGGGUCACCUGGAGUUGGGGAAGGGGGAUAUAGAACAUGGAACAUGAUGGAAAUUUUGCUGGGUGCACUAAGGCUAUGGGGGGGGCUGUUGGAGAGGGAACUCAUUGGGAGGCAAAUGAUCAAAAGAAUCCAAGGUCCAUAGGGCACUCGUCACCUGAGAAAUGAAGACACUGGGCCCACUGGCCACACAGCUGAGUCGGAAGCCAUAGCCACCGCCAGGCCCAGGGUACAGGACGCACUGGCGGGAGUCAAGCAGGAUAGGGAGUGCAGCUGUGUCUUCAGCUGGUGGGUCCCUGGCCUCAACCAAGGGCACUGAGAGGGUGUCCUGGGGAGAGGCAAGAGCCUCUGUGGUCUCCAAAAAGAGGAGUGGGGACAGGCGGACCUGGAAGGAGGCAGACAGAACAAACCUGCUUUUCUCCCUCUACCUGCACCCUGCUCCACUCCCACCCCCACCCAGCCCUUGCCCCUCAGCUCGCACCAUACUGAAGAAGCGGUCAGCCUCAGGGUCAACAACAACGAGGGAGACGCAGGAGCCCUGUGCCCGGAUCCUGGACACUAUUUCCUCAUGGCCCAGCCCCUCCACGCUCUCCCCAGCCACAGCCACCAGCCGGUCCCCAGCUUGCAUCCCCGCCUUCUCAGCUGGGAAUCCUGGGUCCACCUCCCGCAGGAACUGCCCUGGGACAGAGACAUCCAUUGUCACUGCUCCUCCCCUAUCAUCCCCAUGUGCACACCAGGGGACUGGCUCAGGGCGUACACAGGAGGAGGCCCAGGGCUAGGCUCAGAGAGGGAUCUCUUAUGUACACUGAGACCGGGACACUUGUGUGCCUAGCCCAAGGCCUACCUUCCUUACCCACCCCCAGGGCUCCCACUCACCGAGGCGACCACCGAGGCCCUUCUCCUCGCGAAGAAGGAACCCAAAGCCCUGGGGCCCUUUCUCUAGGUGUAGACAACGGGGUCUGGUUGGCAGUGCCCAGCCCUCUGCCAGGGGUGCAGCCAGGGGCAUUCCAAGCUGGCGACACUGUUCCUCCACCGCUGGCCCUGCCACCAGCAAGGUCACCUGCUUUCCACUUUGCUGAAGCUGUGGGGACCCAGCAGAGCAUCAGCACCAACCACCUGGGUAGGGAGGGAAGAGGCCGGCCCCUCCUCACAGCCCCUCCUCCCAGGCACAGGACUGAGGCACCAAGGGGAGGCAGUAAGGACCGUGCCACCAAACUGUCAAGGGAAGGAUGGAGAUGAAGGCACAAGAUCAGAGCAGACAUGAGGUACAGGGGCAGGGGUGGGGGGGGUCUGCUGGCCCCAGGACCAGAUGGGUGGAGGGUGAGUGGGGAAAAAGGCAGCCAUACCUUCUUGCUGAGUU